AAACUGGUGUUAAGUCCAUUUAUAUUGGAGGAGACACUGAUGUUGCUAAUAAAGAUCUUGAGAAAUGGGAUAAAUCUUUAGAAGAUUAUACUAAAUGGAAAAUUGUAGAAUUUCGUGAUGUAGUCUCGAUUUUUGAAAUUCUAGACAGUAACCUUCGUAGACGUGUUCUUGGUAUUUUAGGAGAAAGAAUUGUUUACGCUAAAGUCGAUCAACGUAACUUAACAUUUUCAAAUCAAAAACCAUAUAUUCAUGAAUUAGAUGUACCAGAAAAGUAUAAAGGAAAACUUGAUGAUUAUAAAAUUUUCGCAUCAAUAAUAAGCGAAAAAAAAGGUACUUUUUUCGUUCGGGUUGUGUAUAAAGUAGACUCUGCAGAUCUCCUCAUCCAUCAAUUCGGAAAGGAUAGUAGGCUUGAAUAUUCUUUGAAAAUAGUAUGGAUAAUCAUUGGCAUUCCAAAUGAUUUUAACUUGUUUGACUUGAAGGAUUUUAAUAUGAGUGAAUUAGAAAUAAAACUUAGCGGCCAAGUUUCAAGUAAUAAACUUCAAGAAAUUCACGACCUUUAUGAUAAAUACGAUGGAGAUACUUAUCCGAUAGUUACUUGCGCAUUAAAAGAUAGUGAACGUGACCUACAUGAUUUAAAAAUAGUUACUGGAAUACACUUUUAUCGCACCAAUGAUAACCAUUUAAACAUGUGCGUCCAUAAUUAUGAUUUGGAAAAUAAACGUGAAAUAAUUGAAAAGAAUCUUUCUGUUCAAUAUUGCAUUGUCCAUUGUGGUCAUGAUUUUGUGGCUCAAGGAACAUUGGAUAAUUCGUUCAUUAAAGGAGGAAAAAAAAGAAAAAAAACAACGUGGAAAUGCAAUCAACCAGCUUUUACAAGUCUUUUUCAUACUAGUUGUAUUUCAGGAGGAUUAAAGAUUACUCCUGAUAAUGCUGUUUUUAAAUCUUUUAGAGAUGGCAUUUCUUUUGAUAAAAAUGAAGUGCCUGCACUACACUAUAUAA